CUUGGGAGUAUCCACUUUGGUUUCAUAUUUACAUGAGGAUUGUUCUGCCAAUCAUUUUUGUCUGCAAACAAACUAAAAUACUCAAGGUCUAUGCUAGUAUGAGUUUUAAAACCUCUUUGAAGAAAACAGACUACAUGACUGAUUCUAACCUGAGCAUUGUAAAUAUGGUUCAAGAGAGAAAAAUCACCCAGGCUUAGUAUUGGCUUAAUAUGCACUUUAAGAAGUUCUACCUACAACGAGGGAGGGGCAUUUUAUAAUUCUGCAGCAGCUGGGCUGAUAACAACUUCCUCAUGAACCAGGAAACUUUGCAAGAAUUAAAUAACCUGUAAGAAGGAGACAAAGAAGGAAGUAACUGACCAGAAUGAAAAGAGGAACAGUUCUCAGCUGAAGCAAGUCUGAUGAAGGCUGACAGAGCCAGCACUCCUGGCUUGAAGUGAGUCAGAGCCCCAUUUAAAGUGCUUGGGUAAGGAAAAGAGGUGUCGGGAUUCUCUCUAUGACUCUAAAGAUGGAAAGAGCUGGUCCCUGCUCAACUUUAGACCAGGUUUCUGGACAGCAGAUUCCUCAACCUCCCUCUCCUUGAGGUCACUACUGUGCUAUUCUCUGCUCAUCUCUGCUCCGUUUUGUGAAAAGGAAGUGGAAAAGAAUAAAAUCCCUUCCAUACAGCCCUGGUGUACAUCUUCAGAGACUAAGUCUGCUGAGUCUCAGGUCCAGAUGCAUCUUAUGUCCUUUUGGAUCUAAAAACGAAAUGCCCAAGAGAGCCUUCAAACUCGGUUGCGAACCACAGCAGGCUAUCAGAAACGGCACCUGCUUGUGCCUGCGAAUUCAUUAGCCGCGUCAAGCCGCUGAACACCACUGUUCAUGCAGAAAUGCUGAAAAGCUUUGUGGGCUCUUCAGUGGGUGUGGUUGUGGGCGUUUCCCUCCUUUUAGUCUUGCUGGUCUGUGGAAUUGGAUGUGUUUGGCGUUGGAAGCGCCGGGAAAACACACCAAUCAUCUUACCAAAGUUUAUGCAAAGGAGAAGUAACAGGCAGAAAGACUGCGUGAAAACCCUUAGCUUGCGUGCCCACGUGACUGGCUCAAGCCCUAAAAUCUCAGCGGAAAGCAAAGGCCCCAAGUCUUCAUCCAAGAGAAAUAAGGCACAUAGCAACUACGAAAAUGUCUCCUGUCCUCUGCACACGGAAGCAGUAACCGACAAGGCGCUGUAUGAAAACACGCAGCCGUCUAAUGUCGAGGAACAUGUCUACUGUAAUCAAACAGACGCCCUCUAUCAUAAUUUCCAGAAGCCUAGCCCUCCUCCUGCUCCUCAAGAGGAAGACAUAUAUAUCCUCCCAGACUCCUACUAGCUUUUCAAUGGACUGAGACUCAUUGCUGGAGGAAAAACUGUCUCCAAGCUUCUGAGUGGAUGGAUGUCAUUGUGACCAAGCUAUUCUGAUGGAACCAGUGGUCUCUUUUCUUUCGCUACCCUUACAAACCCUCACUAAGAGAACCACUGCAGACAAAUUCUAGAAACCCCUUCUGCCUUGGCUUAAAUCUGUGGCAUAGCAUAUUAAUUUUUCUUUUCAAAUAUUUACUGUCACAACUGUCCUUCAUUUUUUUUUUCCUCAUCACUUUUUGAGGCCCGGCAUUAUUGGCACAAUCGCCUAGCAGGUCAUUCUUCCAGUUUUGUUUUGCUGUGCUGAGGAGCUAACCCAAUGCCUUUUAGAUACCAGGUAAGCGCUGAGCCACUGAACCGCAUUUCUAGCCCACUCUUCUGAGUGACAGCCAAUGAACAGCCUAGGACACAGGAGGUUGAUCUUCAGAAAACUGUCUAGAUAGUUACAUCAGUCCUUCGGCAAAAGUAGUGUAUGUCCUGUUUGCAACAGACAUAAAGCUCAAAACCCAAACUGCAGAGGUUUGUGCCUUCUUCAGUUAUAGCUUUCUUUCCCAAUUAUUCUCCUAAUUCCUCACUUCUUUGCUUGCAUCAGAAACAUCUUAAAGUUGCCAGACACCUCUCUCUAGUCCAUGAUCCUCCUUUUCUGUCCUCUCAAGCCUGCCUCAGAUCACAACCUCUCCCAGUUUACUCUGAAUCAUUUUAAACCAGCAUUGUUUUUCAAGAUCUGGUAGAUCUUGCUGCCUGUUUAAUUGUCUGAGCAUUUAAAGAUAUGAAUGUUUGCUGCGCAUUUCAUCACCAAUGCAAUGUGGGAAUGCAGCUAAAUAGAAAGGAAUUGGUUCAUAGUCAUACUUUUAGCCCCAAUGACAUCAUG